CUCUUUUGUUUGAUUCCCUCUCUUAUACCACUCGCAGAAUAUGGACUCUAUCACUGCCUCCAAAAUAAUUAUCUGAGGCUAAUCUUCAUUUUAUUCGUCUCGUGACCAUUGAGACAAAACAUUUUGGUUGGUUUUUGGUUACAGACUCCGUUAAAUCCGGUAUGGAAGAUUCUGAAAGGAAGCAAUUGCAUAGUGAAUGGAACAGAACAGCUUUUGUUUGCAAGUUGGCUGUAAGUUCUGACUUUUGAAUAUAACUAGAAGUUAGAAUCAUGUUUUAUACUUCCUCAGUAAUACCUUAUGUUACACUACUCUAAUGAAUUGAUAUAUAAUUUUGAAGGUGCUUUUUGAUUUGUUUAAUAGUCCAACUAGCUUUUUAUAACCUUCACGGGGUUAUAGCCGAAAGCUGACUUCCAUGUUGGAUGCACAUGUUUUCAUUAACAUUUCCCAAAUGGCAUUUAGUCUUUAUAUGCUUUGUCUAAGCAUUUUUAUAAAGUUAAUAACCUCUUUGAGCUUAGAAAGAGUUGGUAUUGUACAAAUCGAGAUCUUAUGUAAUCACGAGCUCUCAUUUGAGUAACGUGACUCACACAAAGCUAUCUCCUUCUAUAUAUAUAGAAGAAGAGAAACACACUUCAAACUCCACACCAGAAAAUCAUCUUCUCUCAUAAAACUCACAACUUAGAGAGACAAUGAAGGCCUCUUGUACAAAACUGGUCUUGAUCACUUGUACACUCCUUCUCUUGCUCAUUGUUGCGCAAGAAAACAGAGUCGCCGCGGCAGAGCAAUGUAAUCCCAUGCAGCUUAUGCCAUGCGAGGACGCCAUAAUGAAAGGCUCUACGCCCUCCAAUGAGUGUUGCACCAGGUUGAACCAGCAACAACACUGUAUCUGCCAGUACAUGAAGAACCCAGAGUUCAAAUCUUUCCUUAACUCACCAAAUGCGAAAAUGGUCGCCAGUCAUUGUCACUGUAAACCCAAGUGCUAGUCUCCCUUCUCUCGUUUUCCCCUCUUAAACCUUGUUCUUCUUGCUUUAAAUUGAUUUGCUUGUCACUGUCGUUUGUGAAUUAAGUUAAACACAUCUUGUUCUUC